ACAUCUCACUUUUUUCUCUGUAGCUCCGACAAGUCCCUGCUGCUGGACUGUGGGGAAGGUACGUUUGGGCAGCUGUGUCGUCACUAUGGCGACGACGUGGACAGGGUCUUGGGCAACCUUGCUGCUGUGUUCGUGUCCCACCUGCACGCGGAUCACCACACGGGCUUGUUAAAUAUCCUGCUGCAGAGAGAACGCGCUUUGGCAUCGCUGGGAAAGCCCUUCCACCCUUUGUUGGUGGUUGCCCCAACCCAGCUCCGGGCCUGGCUUCAGCAGUACCACAACCAGUGCCAGCCGCUCCUGCACCACGUCAGUGUGAUCCCUGCCAAAUGCCUUCAGAAAGGAGCCGAGGUCUCCAGCCCCACACUUGAGAGCUGGAUUGGCUCCCUGCUGAGAGCCUGUGAUCUGGAGGAGUUUCAGGUCUGCCAGGUCCGGCACUGCAAGCAUGCUUAUGGCUGUGCGCUGGUCCAUACGUCCGGCUGGAAGCUGGUCUACUCAGGGGACACCAUGCCCUGCGAGGCUCUGGUCCAGAUGGGGAAAGAUGCCACCCUCCUGAUUCACGAGGCCACGCUGGAAGACGGUCUGGAGGUGGAAGCUGUGGAAAAGACACACAGCACCACCUCGCAGGCGAUCGGCGUGGGGAUGCGCAUGAACGCUGGGUUCAUCAUGCUGAACCACUUCAGCCAGCGCUACGCCAAGAUCCCCCUCUUCAGCCCUGACUUCAACGAGAAAGUCGGCAUUGCCUUUGACCACAUGAAGGUGCGGCUCGGAGACCUCUCCACGGUGCCCAGGCUGAUGGCCCCGCUGAAAGCUCUGUUUGCUGACGACCUCGAGGAGAUGGAGGAGCGCCGGGAGAAGAGGGAGCUGCGGCUGGUGCGGGCGGCCCUGCUCUCCCAGGCGCAGGCGGGCGGAGCUGAGGACAGUGAGCCCUCGCGGAAACGGGCCCAUACAGAGGGGCCUGCCAGUCCACAGAGGAAGGUCAGGGCAGAAUGAAGGCCAGGAGCGGCCCUGAACUUGGAAGGCUCAAGCCCCACCCCGCGCAGGGUCCCGAGUGCGCCCUCUGCCUGGUGGGCGCCGAGGGCACUGUGGAACGGGCGGCACACAGGAACGGCGGUGGGAGCUGGGCCUUGGCUUGGGCUCCAGGUGAGGACUGCGUGCUGGACGUGUCACGAAUGUCCUGGCGGAGCGGGGACAGGAAGCUGCGAGGAAAGAAACGGAAUUCGGUGCCAGUGACUUAAGUCACGUAGAAGAACGCAUACCAGGCCUGUUCCCGCCAAGCCGUGCCCUCCGCACACCAGAGACAGGCUGUCAAGGAACACGGGUUGUGGAUGUGACGUCUUAGUGCCCAAGGCUCAAGGCUUAAGGAGUAGUGUUUCCAGAGCCCAGAACUCAAUAAAGAUUCCUGCGGAACAAGUGCUUUGCCUGGUCCUGGUGCCGCCUGCGCAGGCCCCAGCGUGUCCCGGAGGCCAGCUCUGAGGCGGGAGGACCACGCCUGUCCCGGGAGGCACACAGUGGCCGGGUUCUGCCGAGUCAGCUGUGCAGGCUGCCAAUGGGGCCUGGUUUCAUACACCAGUCGGACGGCUGGGUCCACGCGGUGCCUCUGGAACACAGCUUCCCGCAGUGCUGGGAGCAGCGAGACGGUAGUUGACUUUCCCUGGCGCAGUGAGAAUGAGAAUCCCUCGUUGCCCUUCAGAGUAUUACGAAGUAGCAUGUCAGGCUGGCUCCCCUGCCCCCUUAUGAGCUUGAACAGCACUGAGGUUAGUGCCUGAAGACAGAGAGUUUUUAAAGCUAAGUCCAGUAUUUAUUUGUAUAUUCUCCUACCGAGGAGAAGACAGAAAUGCUUUAAAAACUGCAGUGAUGAGAGGGAGGCAGGCGGAGGCCUUGGCAGCACCUGUCAUUGAGUCCCGUGUCCCCACACGCUUCGUAACUUAAACAACGAGAGGCCAUGCUCAGGGAUAAUAAAUCUAUUUUAAUAAGAUUA